AUGUCACUUUUCGGGCAACGGGCUUUCCUUUUAAAGAGAUUUUAUUUGAAAGCUUUCGGAGUUUGUUUAAGAAUUUUACAUAACAAAAGCUUACUCUCAACAAGCUGUAGAAGAUUAUACCCUUCUCUUAUUGGUACAAGAGCUUAUACAAGACCUAAGGUUAUAACAUAUUUGAGAAUUAGAUUUAUUAGCUACACCAAUGGCUUCAUUUUUAUCCGGUUUAGUUGAUGUAACCGUAACUUGUAACGUUUCAGUUGCGUCCAGAAGUUGCGCCCAAGCAAGGAGCGAGAAGAUUCUGCACUGCAAGGUAAGCUUCAACUUCAACUUCAACUUCAACUUUAUUCAUUCACUUUCAAUUUACAAUUACACGAUAGCUUCCACCCGCGUAUAGGAGAGCCUAAUCGAGGCGGGGGAAGAGACACACAAAUUUAAAGAAAGGAAAGAAAAAAAAGAACUAUUUUACAAACAGUACCAGCUGUCGCAAAAUAAAAACUAUAGUAUGUAUUAAGCUUGUUAAUUGCAAUAUGAUUUACACAGAGAAUAUAAAUUUAGUUGUGUUCCUGAGCUAGUUAAAUUUAAGUUGAUGCAUGAUUUCAGUGAUUUCAAGAUAGUCAUCAGAUUUAGAUAAGAUUUCAAAGAGCUUAUUCCUUGUCUUUUUCCGAAAGGUAGAUUUUGGUAAGUUUCUCAUAUCUGAGGGUAAAGAAUUCCAGAUUUUUGGUCCAACUCGCAUUUUUUCAAGCCUUGAGUGUUCGGUAUAGAAAUCAUCAUUGAGAGAAGAUCGGGUAGGAUAUGAGUGCACCUCAGAAAUCCUAGUAAAGGCUCUCUUGAUAUUUUCUGGUGCAGAAUUGUUAGCAACGUCCCACAUUAUACUACAAAGACAAUCAAAGUAAAUAAAAGAUAGGGGAAAGACUUUUGAUUUUAAGAAAAAUGGUACAGCAUGUUGCUUAUAAUCCGUAAAGUAAAUCAGGCGUAGGGCUCGUUUUUGAAUUAAGAGUAUCUUAUUUAAAUAAGUUUUAGGUGCAGAGCCCCAAGCACAGAUGCCGUAAUAAAGAUAGGGGUUGAUAAGGGCUUGAUAGAUAUUUAAGAGGGGACAUAAUGGAAUACUAUGUCUAAGCAAAGAUUUCCCAGUCACAGCUUGUUAUAAAGUUAAAACAGUUUGUGUUUUUAAUAUAUAGGAUGACCUAUGAUUCUUCCUCUCUUUCUUUUGCUGUUUGUCAUUGACUUAAGUGUUUUUUUUUUUUUUUUUUUUUUUUUUAUCAGCAGUACUUUAGAUGAUAUAUCAUACCACAAUAUUGCAGAUGAAACACUUGAUGCAAUUGCAGAACUAUUUGAAGACCUUGGUGAAAGUCCUUCAAGUCCUACAGACUAUGAUGUUCAGUUAAGUGUAAGGCUGAGUCUUUGCCCUGAUCGCAAACUCAUGUUUUGUAAUGGGUCAUCCAUUUUUUUAUUGCGUUAUUCUAAUUUUUAUCUUUUAUUAUUUUUUCACUCUGAAGGAUGGAGUACUUACCGUUAACUUAGGAGGUAAUUAUGCACGUGUCAUCGGCUUGCCCCAGGGGUAGACCCCUGGGCCAACCAGGGGGAUUGUAAAAUGGGUGGAGCAAAGUUGGGGAUUUCCCCCAGUGGUGGGGGAAUUUAAUAAGACAAAUUCCCCUGGGUCAAGUGCUUCUCAACAAAAAAUCCCCAUGAUAUCCACCUCAUAUAACUGGGAGGGGGUGUUUUUAUGAUAUUUAAGGAUGAAAUUUUACUCAUUCGUGUUAGGCUUGGAGAAGUAAUACAACAUCUUUAUUGAACAAAAAUCACUACAAUGAAAGAACACCUGAAGACAGAUUCACUAAGGUUAGGAGAGACUGAUAGUUUUUCCAUAGACUACUUAAGAUGACCUGAAAUAAUCUACCCCAUGAUGCUCAAAAAUCAAUGGACUUUCAUAUAUGCUGUUGUUGGGACGUCUUGUGUUGAAUGAUAUUGAAUCACGUUCCUAGUCCUCAAGAGAGACAUCGCCUCUCCAGGCCUCUCGCUGUAGUCACAUACAUGUGCAGAGAUAGUGAAAGCUCGUAUUCCUCUUUUCACCUCUGGAUGUUGCCUAUAAUAAUGGUUUGAGGAAAGCGAUAAAUCCCUGUGAUAUCUCCAUGGCUACCGUCCGCAAUUUUACAAAAUUUGCAAUUCCCCCACCCUCUUCCCUUUGAACUUAAAACAGUGCUGUGAAUUUUCCCCUCCCCAGGGGCAGAGAAUCCAAUCUAUCCCCUUGUAUUCCCCGACAUAUUCCCAUGGUUGGCACGGGGGUCUACCCCUGGGGUAAGCCGAUGACAUGUGCAUCAAAACUUCUUAAUAUGUUAGUAUAUGGCCAUAGGCAGACCUAUUAUAUUGAUAGUUUAAAGGAAAUACCCCAGAAAUUCGAAAGAAGCCUCCUUUAAUAUACUCUAGGAGGAGGAAGAUGAUGGUUACAAAUUUCCAAUCAGAGGGGUUUUCUUGGUGUGUAUGGAAUAUGUUUUGGUUCAGAACUUCCCGGGUGUAGGUCCCCCCACCCCAAACUCCUCUGGAAAUGCUUGUUUAGUUUCAUGAUAAUAUUUUCUUUAAGCUUUGAAGACCCCCUCUCCCUCAGAAUUUCCAAUGACCAUCCAUGUUUUUUUUUCUGGAAUCACACGAUACAUAGUACUAUAGUACUUUCAUGUUGGCGAGAAGUGUGACAAAUUUUUAUCCUCUUUUCACCCACCUUCAUUUUAAGUGCUCCCUUACUUUGCACUUGCUGAUACAGUCGAACCUCCUGUAAGCGACCAACCAAAAUGCCAAGAUUUAGUGGUCAAGAUUUAGUGGCUUAUGAGGUGGUUGUUUAUGAGAGGAUCUAUUAUAGGGCUUGGACAGGGAAAAUUUGAUUUGUUUUCACUAAGUGUUUUUUGUAUUUUUGUUGUUUUUGCAGCUGGCCGUGGCAUAUAUGUAAUAAACAAACAAAGCCCCAAUAAGCAAAUAUGGCUGUCGUCUCCUACCAGGUAAAAACAUUUACUGCUGCAUUGUGAUCUGAUUAUCACCUGAUUCAAACUGUUCAUUAUUUCUCUCUCAAUGACAUUUUAGUGGCCCUAAAAGGUAUGACUUCACAAGUGGAACUUGGAUGUAUGCUCAUGAUGGUGUUAGCCUCCACAGUUUGCUUUCAUCAGAAAUUUCUGGUGUACUUGGCCAUGAAGUUGACUUUACUUGUCUUACAUAUGGUGCAGCGGAUGAAUUAUGAUGAAAAAUUGAGAUCAUUUUUAAGCAUCCAAGUUUUGUUGCUCUUGAAGCUAUCAAUAUCUGUCAUCCACUAGCAUAGAACAAUAACAUUACUUCAAAGAAACUGGAAAGAUAAAAUCAGUCUUGAUAGUUGUAACAGACAGCUCUGCUAAACAAAUCUUCAACAGACUUUAUAAAAAUUGAAAAAAUAUGGCAUAGCUUUUAGUACCACAGUUUAGAAUUUCAAGUCAAAAUUAACAGACUGAGUGUCGGUUUUCACUAUCAAAGAUCUUAUUUGAUUUUAAGAGUUGCUCCAGGUACAGCCAAGAGCAACUCUCGCCUCUUGAGUGCUCUCUAAACUUCCCAAGUGCUCAAUAUCUCGACAUACACACAGCUAAAGCAUGAGCUAAUAUUGUUUUAUAACAUUAUCAAAGCUAUCAAUGCAGCAGUUACCUCAAAUUUUCCAUAUUAAAGCAUGCACUCAAAGCAGUAUGCAUCAAUGUCUAUGUAACUAUAUUUUUGUCUUGAAACUGAGAGAAAGUUUAAUCAAGUCUCUUAAGAUAAUGGUAAAAAAGAUCAUAAAAUCCAUUUUUAGGCGCCAGAAAACUAUUAAUUCACCAAAAAAUUUUUUUUGGAAGAAACAACUUUGCAAAGAAUGAUUUGCACAUGCCAUAGCCCGUACAGCUCGCACAGAUGACAACAACAACAACAGUCACCUCUUUUCCCUACUAUCAGUUAGCAAAUUCAAAAGUUUUCUCUUGAAUUUACGGUAUAAAACACAUGGUUAACGUAUCACCGUAUACUGUUGAGUUAUGCAUGCACUUGAGAGAUGUCUUAGAAGGAUUGCUAAUUUCAAAAGAACUCAAGGUAAGGUUUAUUGACAUCAUCAGCAUGCUCAAUGGGAAUAUGAAGCACACUCAUGCUAUUGCAUUUGAAUAGGCAAAUAUUCUAGCCAUGUUAUAAAGAAUAAUUUAACUGAAUAUUAGUUUUGUUUACAACAUUAUAUAGGUCUAUGAUUGUUAAAACCAUUUCUUAUAUGUAAGAAUAAGGAAACAUUUUCUACGUUUGCAUAACCUGAUAUAAAUAGAAGAGGGUAUUGGGAGAAGAUGAGACGAUCAUUCCACCCUUUUGAGGGUUUGCACAACUUUCAAGAAUUCUCCCAACUCCUUGAGUGUUAAUAACAGGCUAUGCAAACACAGAAGAAGUUUUAUAUUGCUUUUACAUAUCUUUUCCAAGAAAAAGAAGCAACACUCUUUGUUUAUGACACAGAUUAUAAGAGAAAUUGAAGUGCUUUAUGCUAGACUGAAUUAGACUCCACUCAGUCCUAUUACCAUUAUUUAUUUAUGGCUGGACUUUCCCAUAAGUUGUGAAAGCCAAGUGCAGA